CCGGGGGUAUUUAAGGCCGCCCCCGGCCCACCGUCCCGGCGCCAUGGCGGAGGACGCGAUGGAGAGCUACCUGUACGCCGCCUACCCGCCCUACUCGUACCGCUACCCCCCGCCCAAGGGCAAGGGCGCGGCGGGCGGCUGGCGGCCGCGGGGCGGAUACUUCGCGGGCUACGGGGAGGCGGCGGCGGCCGCGGCCGAGUACUUCGACAACUACCAGCGGGCGCAGCUGAAGGCCAUCCUGUCGCAGGUGAACCCCAACCUGACGCCGCGGCUCCGCAAGGCCAACACCAAGGAGGUGGGCGUGCAGGUCAACCCGCGGCAGGACGCCUCGGUGCAGUGCUCCCUCGGGCCCCGCACGCUGCUGAGGCGCCGGCCCGGCCCCGCCCCCCCGCGGACCCGCGAGGCGGCCCCGGAGCCGCCGCCGGAGCAGGAACGGGAGCAGGGCAGCCCGGCCACCACCAGCACCCGCGCCGUGCGCUUCCCGCGCACCAUCGCCGUGUACUCGCCCGUGGCGUCCCGCCGGCUCACCGCCUUCCCCGAGGAGCCCGAGCCGCCGCCGCAGCGGGAGCCCCGGGAGCCGCCGGCGGCCGUCGAGGAGGAGCCGAGCGAGGCGGAGGCGGUGCGCGCCAGCUGGGAGAAACCGCCCGAGCGCGAGGCCGAGCGCGAACCCGCUCCGCUGGAGCAGCGCGAAGCCGCGGCGCCGGAGGGGGCCCGGGAAGGGGCAGAGCCGCCGGCGGAGCCGCCCGCCGCGCCCCAGAAGCAGGAGGCGGCGCCGGGCAAGGCCCGUCUGCGCUUCCAGUUUCUGGAGCAGAAGUACGGGUACUACCACUGCAAGGACUGCAACAUCCGCUGGGAGAGCGCCUACGUCUGGUGCGUGCAGGGCACCAACAAGGUGUAUUUCCGUCAGUUCUGCCGCACCUGCCAGAAGUCCUACAACCCGUACCGCGUGGAGGACAUCACCUGCCAGAGCUGCAAGCAGACGCGCUGCACCUGCCCCGUGAAGCUGCGCCACGUGGACCCCAAGAGGCCGCAUCGCCAGGACCUGUGCGGGAGGUGCAAGGGGAAGCGGCUCUCCUGCGACAGCACCUUCAGCUUCAAAUACAUCAUCUGAGGAGGAGGAUGAUGGGGGUUUUGUUUGUUUAGGGCUCUUCCAGGGAACUGCGGGCUCAGCAGGUUGUUUUCUGUUGUUGUUUGGGGGGUAGCUGGGAAAGCUGUGAGUAGAGAUUUGGCAAAGCCCCCGCUGGUCAGGUGGGGCUGUGCCCGGUUUGGGGGUGCGUGUUGCAAUUUUAGUAGUUGUGUAAGAGAAGAGCCCACAAAUAAUGGUUUGCAAAUUAGUGACAGUCUUGGCUGCAGCCAGCUCAAGGCUGUGUAGAGUCUCAGACAGGAAAGAAUGUCGGUUACUCAUCCUGCAUGGGAAGCUCGACCACUGGGGCAUCAGGCUGACACCCACAGCAGGUGGCAGAGCAUCGCACGAAAGGGACCCUGGUGGUUGUCAGUCACUGUGCACGUUGGUGUUCCAGGCCUCCAGUUGUAAUGCUCCUCUCUGGGCAGUGGCUGAGGAUCACUGUGAAGAAGUCAGGCUGCUGCCGGUAUGGCUGUCCAGGCCUGGCUGAGCUGGUGUUGUAGGCUGGGGCCACAUGCUGCUUGGGGUGGUCUUAAUUCAUCUUUGGGGCAGCUGUCACAAACCAGCGGGGUGGGAGUUGCUGAUGUUACAUGCAUCAGGUGAACAGAAACUUUAGGUUAUUGGGAGAAGCGACACCUCAAGGGCUCCAGGUGACCUGCAUCCGCCCAGCUUCCUUCUGAGCCUGCAGGUGCUGCACAAAGAGCUGUGCACGUGGUGGUGUGCUUGGAGUCACGCCUAGGUGUGGUUCUGCUGCCUUCAAUCAGGGAAGGAGCAGAUCCCUGCACCCUUCUGGGAUGGGGUUUGUAGCUAGAGGUUUUAUUUGCAGUAUGGUAACAGCAGAACCAGUGGUGGUCAUCCCCGGUGAUGCACCCAGACCCUAUUUCUGCUGCCAGGGUGAGGUCUCUGUGGGGAUGGGCAUGUUUCAGCGGUGUUAUGCACAGCAGUGCACUACAGCAGUGCCACUUGCACAGACAGCUCAGGGAAACCUGUGCCCCACUGUAGUCUACCUCAUAGUUAAGGAGUUGGGUAAACAAUGGAGAAAUGUACUUUCCUGAGCACGCCAAUAAAGCCGUUACCUUUGAAAUUAA